AAACUGACUCAAACUGGAAGUAACUCACAGGCUCUAUGAAAGAGGAUGUGAAUAUUUCUUACACCACUGAGAAAUCAGUACCACUGAAACCAAGGAAAACUAAUCCAGAGAUGUUAGUUGUUCGGAAGUGACUCCAGUUUCAUAUAAUUCAGUGCCCGUUUUUCACAAACAACAUGACACCAACAUCAUUCAAUUAAAUGAGAAUCUAUAAGUACUUUAAAAGCAGAUCAGGGUAUCUAAAUAUGACCCUUUGUGCUAAAAGACAGCUGGCCUCAACUGUUGCCACCCACCCACUCAACCAGCCAGCCUGCUGGAGUCAGGGGGUCUGAGGACUCGUUGCCCCCAGAGGGACCAAAAGCAUUGAAUACUACACCCAUAAACCGAGACAGCAGCUCCCCUUACAGCUGUCUGCAUUGCACUUAAAAUUAGACCCGCAGACUAAAAGACAGUUGUACUGUAGGCUCCAGCAGGCAGAGACUACUGGGAAAAUCCAGCAAACAUGGACCCGACUUAUAGUGCCACUCAGUACUUUGGAAGCUGUGCUGGAUGCAGUAAAGCAGUGUGUGGUGAAGACAGACCAUGCAGGGCGAUGGGGCAUUUAUUCCACAAUGUUUGUUUCACCUGCAGUGUUUGCUAUAAAAAACUCAGUGGCAAACCAUUUUAUACAGUGUCAGGAAGAAUCUACUGUGAGGAGGAUUUUUUGUACUCUGGAGUUCAUCCAUCCCAAGAGGUGUGUCACAGCUGUGGGCAUUUCAUCACAGACAUGGUGCUGCAGGCUCUUGGGAAGUCCUACCACCCGUCCUGCUUCUGCUGUGUUGUCUGCAGACGGAGCCUUGAGGGUCAGCCCUUCUCUGUUGACGCAGACAGCAGAGUCUACUGUGUCAGUGACUUCCACAAGGUCAGAGCUCCUGUGUGUGCAGCCUGCAGAAAGCCCAUUCUGCCAACUGAGGGGUCCACAGAGUGUAUUCGAGUGGUAUCAAGUAACAGAAGUUUUCAUGUGGAGUGCUACAGCGGUGAGGUGGACCUCAUCUGAGCACACGAGCAGAUUGGUGUACAUAUCUGUGUGUUUUUCUGUUGGUGUUGUGCAUACAUGUAAAAAAGAAAUAAAAAUCUAUAUGUUUUUGUUGAUGAGUUUUAGGCUUU